GUUUGUAAACAAACUAGCAGACGACAAUUCUGCUGACCUCUGACCCUCCGGACCCGCACAGCCUGUCGGGAAAACACCGUCCCCAGAAGAAGCAGCAUCAUGGCGACCCUGGCGCUUCUGAUGGCGGGCAGCGAGGGGAACAGCCGGUCGAGUUUUUACGAUGAAGACGAUGAAAACAGCGGCACCCCGAAGAGGAGACCCAUCAAGCGGAGACGGACCUCCAGAGACAGCGAUAACAAGAGCGAACGCGGGGAUCCCGAGGAAGGUGUGUCCAGACCUGGUCCCUCCUGUCUCUGGGAGGGAGACAGAAAAGGACCGUUUCUAGACAGUGGUUCCUUGUUCCCAGCAGAGAACCUGUUUGAGUACCAGUGGCCUCCAGACAAGAACGGGGACUGGUACUUCGUGCAGGAGCAAGUCAGCGAGUUCUUGGGUGUCAAGUCGUUCAAAAGGAAGUACCAAGAUCUGGACCGGCGAGUGAUGGAGAUGGAUGAGAAACAGUACCUGUGGGAGAAGGGCGUGGUCAACGAAGCUCAGGUCACCUUAGGUCUGACAGCACUUCGUUCAGAGGAGGUGUAUGACCUCAUGUUGCGGGACUAUCCUCAGAAAUACCAGGAAUAUGCCUGUGUUCUCCAUGAGAGAGAAAGGCAGUCCAUCAGUGAGAAACACAAGGAGUAUGAGAUGCCCACCAUCGAGGUGAGUAAGGUGGCCGCCUACAUCAAGCGGGCGGCGCACCAGGUAGCCGAGUACAACCGGCAACUCAACCAGGAACGCAUGGAGGAACGCAGGGCCUACUUCGACAUGCAGACACAGACCAUCCAAGUCCCUGCAGGAAAGAUGAAGAAACUUCCGCCCGAGGCGACCAAACCCGGACCAUUCCCCGUGGCCCUCAUCCCUGGACAGUUCCAGGAGUACUACAAGAAGUACACAUCAGAGGAGCUGAAAUACCUGCCCAUCAACACCUGUCUGUACGGCCCCCCCUCCAAGGUGGACCCUUACGCUCACGUCAGCAGCGGGGAGGAUUCAGAGGAGGAAAGCUCCUCGGAUGGAGAGUCCUCAGGGUCCGGAUCUGGGAGCUGCAGUACCAGCAGCAGCAGCGAGGGGGAGUCGUCGCCGCCCGAGCAGCCCAAAGCCAAGGCUGCCACCCCCAAGUCUGCUGCCAAACGGAAAUCACUUCCGCCCGUGGCGCAGCCUGGGUACAGGCCCAAGGAUGACAUGCCCAACGCAGUGUGUGGGAUCUGUCUGAAGGGGCCGGACAACAACAAGUGGGGCCGCACGGAGGACCUCAUACACUGCUCACAGUGUGACAACAGUGGCCACCCGUCUUGCCUGGACAUGAGCGAUGAACUGGUCCAGGUUAUAAAGACGUACCCGUGGCAGUGUAUGGAUUGUAAGACCUGCGUCAUCUGUGGUGACCCUUCUGAAGAGGAUAAGAUGAUGUUCUGCGACGUCUGUGACCGAGGGUUCCACACCUUCUGCGUGGGUCUGGAGGAGCUCCCCAUAGUCCUGUGCCAGGAACAACAUAUUCCUGGACAAUGGGUGUGCCAGACCUGCAAUUCCGCCGAGAUGGGACAGGAGGAGCUGCCGCCACCCCAGACCAAGAGAAGAAGCCGGGCGAGAUGAGUGUUGGGGUACCUGCCGGCUAGAGUGGCAUCUCUUUUGUCUUUCAUUUCCAGACUUAGGACACAAACCUGCUGAAGAAAAGAGCUACUACGGCACAUUGUCUUCUCUAUACAGUCAUUUGCUUUGUAAUGGACACUGAGAAACAAUCAAACCUGUCUGUAGAGACCAUUCAAAGGGACAUGAAGAAAGUGGUCACUACGUUCAGGAUUUCCAAUGCUUACGUCAAUUAUAGGAAAAGCUUUCCUUAUAUAGGGACCACCAAAACAUGGCCAAGUGGUCCUGGUAUAGAGGUGGUCACUUGCAAUGUACAUACUGGACUAUUUUAUGUUUUCUAUUGUGUUUCUUUUCUUCAAAGGCAUUUCCCAACUUUGGUAGAAAAAUCUACAUUCCAACUUGUUUCUGGACAUACAAUAAAGUGUCAUAAUAUUAUG